UCACCGCCGGCUCUCUCGCACCAGCAGCAGCAGCAUCUUCCUCAGGAGGAAACCCGGGCUGCUGCUGAUUCCUGCGGCUCCGCUCCUGUCACAGGCUCGGAAAUGAAGAGAAUGAACCCUCGCUGGAAGACUUCCCCGAUGUGGCCGUCUGGAGUGGGCAGCAGAGCGCCGUGUCCUCGCGAGUCGGCGCUGCGCAGAGCGGCCAUCAGCGGAAACGUGCUCGCGCUGCCGCCGUAUCACGUGCCCACGGGCCGGAGCGUGCGCGUCUUCAUCUGCGCCAACCCAGACGAUACGGAGGCAGAGAGGAAUGCUUUGAAAGAACACGUCUACCCCAAGCUGAGGGAUUUCUGCAGAGAAAACUAUGGCAUUGAGUUCCAGGUUGUGGACCUGUACUGGGGUGUGGACCCAGAGGAGUGGGACAGUCCAGAACUACAGAGACUGCGGAUGAAGCUUUUAGAAGAAUGCCUGAAGACAUCUGCAGGUCCAUGCUUUGUUGGUUUGGUUGGGGAAAAGUAUGGCAGCAUUCGUGUUCCAGGGGAGGUUGAAUCUGCUGAGUUUGAAAUGAUUCUAGAUGCAGCGGUGGAAGCGGGUCUGGAUACACGGAUCUUGGAGGAGUGGUACUGCCGGGAUGAAAACUCAGUACCACCGGCAUAUUACCUCAAACCCAAAAAUGAGGUGCUGAAAAACUAUCAGAAUUCGAUGGAGUCGAGCAGUGUUGCAAAGGCCAAGAAUGCUAAGGCUUGGAGAGCGGUCUCUGAAGAGAUCAAGACAAUCUUCAGAACUGCAGUCUUGCAGCUACAAGAGAAAGGAACCAUGAAAAGUCCACAGGCAAAAAAAUUUCUUUGUUCUGCACUUGAGGAUGAAUUGGACUUUGCAUUAGGAAAACAGACCCCAGCCUUCCUGAAGAAAUGUGUGUGUUACAUUCGCAAAAUCUCCAACUUCGACCGCUUUGCCAAGAUCCCAGACAUGGCCCGCUACAUGGACACUGUUAUGAGUGGGGAUCGCGUCAUGAGGAACCAGGAGGCCUAUGAGCGUCUUCUGAAAGUCCGAGAUGAGUUCAUCCCCACAAUAGUUGCAGCAUCCAACCUCCGUGUCUAUUCCUCUGUCACCCAUUGCGACAUGAAAAUGGGCUACUCCCAAGAGGUAGAGAGCCACUAUGUGGAAGGUUUGUGUAAACAGUUCUAUGAAGACAUGGUGGACAUUAUUCAAGCUACUGUCCAACAAAACUUUGACACAGAAACAGAUCCACUGUACGAUGAGAUCAUACAACAUCUUUCACUGUGCAAGACAUUUUCCUCCUUUUAUGUGUAUAAAAGUGAGGUCCUGGAUAUGGUGCAAGAAUACCUGUAUCCAUCGAAAGGAGGGAGAAUAUUGCCCCUAGUCAUUUAUGGAGGGCCGUGUACAGGAAAGACACUGUUGCUUGCUGAGGUGGCUAAACAGGCAUAUUCCUGGCUUCAGAAAGAAAUGGGGCCAGAAACAGAUCCAGUCAUCAUUGUUCGCUUUAUUGGUUCCUCUGACCUCUCUACAGACCUCCGCAACCUCCUACAAAGUAUUUGUGAGCAGAUUGCGAUAAACUAUCACUGCUUAAUCAAAUACCUACCAAACAAGACUGAGGAAAUGAGAGAAUUGUUAAUUGACCUCCUGGGGGAGUCAUCCUUCCAACGACCGCUGGUGAUCAUUCUAGAUUCCUUGGAACAGCUGUCAGAUGCAGAUGAGGCACGUAAGCUGUGGUGGUUGCCGAUCCACCUUCCUUGUACAGUUCGCAUUGUGGUUUCAACAUUGCCUAACAAACAUGGUAUACUACAGAAGUUACGUUACUUGAUUCAUGACGAGGAUUGCUAUGUAGAAUUGACACAAAGAGACCGUAAAGCAUGUAGCCAGACACUCAAACAGCAACUUCUAAGUGUCAAACGAAAAGUAACCUCAGGCCAACAAAUAUAUGUAAAUGAGGCACUGGCUAAAUGUACACUGCCCAUGUUUGUCAACCUUAUCUAUCAUGAGGUGGUACACUGGCGAUCACACAAAGAUGUUGAUGAAAAGUCCCUUUGUUCAACAGUACAUGAAAGCAUAGAACAUCUCUUCAUUUCCAUUGAAAAUAAGCUGGGGUCUCACUUUGUCUUUCGUGCACUGGGAUACAUUACAAUGGCACGUGUAGGGUUGACAGAAGUGGAACUGGAAGAUAUACUAUCUUUGGACAAUAGUGUACUUGGAGACAUCAUGGUCAGCUCAAAUCUAAAGAGUCCAUUGCGAAUCUCCUAUCAUCUCAUUGCUCAACUAAGGGAAGAGCUGGAGGGUUACUUGGUGGAGCGUCAGGUACGAAAUGUAACCCUGAUGGUGUGGGCAAACAGGCAUCUGCAUCUCAUUGCACAAAAGCUUUAUCUCAGUAAUGAAGAAGAUGUGCAUCAAAUGCAUAGCCUUUUAGCUGAGUAUUUUCUUGGGGUGUGGGCAGGUGGGAGAAAAAAGAUUUUUCACUGUGACAACAAUCAUUUUGUCUCAUUAAACAUCUCUCAGCAUCGGAACCCUCACAACCAACAAAGCCUUCAUGGCCAUGACAAAGCGUCAACUGACAAAUAUUCUUAUGAUCGGCAGACACCAGAACAGCCCUGGGUGUUCCAGUGCAACCUACUCGAGCCAGACAUCUUUUUUGUCAAUCAUCGAAAAAUGACAGAACUGUUAUUUCAUUUGACAAGAAGUGGGCGUACAGAUGACCUCAUGUACGGUGUCAUCAUGAACUUUAGUUGGCUAUAUACGAUGAUAAAGAUUGGACAGUUUGACAAGGCUUUAAGUGAUAUUGACCUGGCCUACAGCUACUCACAGGAAAAGGAGCUCAAAUUCCUUGCAGGCACACUACGAAGUAUAAAGGUUAAAGUAAUCAAGAACCCUGCCUCACUGUCUGCUGAGCUUCAGCAAAGACUUCUUCCUGUGGUCACAUCCCUUCCCAAACUCCGACAUCUUUUAUUAGAGUGUGACAAGGAUGGACCCAAAUACUGCUCCAUAGUGCCGCUUCACUCUUCCAUGGAUGUUACAUACAGUCCUGAGAGACUACCACUGUGCUCUAGUUACAUGCAGAUUGUUGAGAUUCUACCCACGUUGGCUCCCAACAUUGUCAUUGCAGCUCUUGAGGAUGGCUCUGUCAGUACAUGGGAUGUAGAGAGCAGACAGCUGCUGAGACAGAUUGACACAGCAAAGUCAGUUGUGCUUGGUGUUAGGCUCACCACAGAUGAAAAGUACCUUGUGGUCGCUACAACAAAGAACACGCUACUAAUUUAUGACAACCAUAAAUCCUGUUUGUUGUCAGAGGUAGAAGUCAAAGGCUCAAAGCAUUGUGGCAUCACUGGUGGUGUGGCAUUCAUCAAUGGAUUUACAUUAUCCAGUCCCCAUGCCUUAGCCUGGCUGGAGGCCAGUAAAGAUGUCAAUGUUAUUGAUCUGCAGUAUGGCUGGCCCUUGUACCAGUUCCAUUGCUGGUACGAAGUAACCUGUGUCGAAUGCUCCCCAGAUGGCAUGUAUGCUUUCUGUGGUCAGUAUUUAAAUACUACCACCAUAUUUCACCUAGGAAGUGGGGAUAAGCUUUCAACAGUCACCUCUGAGUUUUCUGGUGGAUUUGUUAAAUCCAUCCUGGUUCUAGACACAAUCCAUCAAAUGGUGAUGAUUGACAAUGAAGGUAGUCUUUCUGUCUGGAACACCAAAGAUAUCACUAAUCCCAGGCUUAUGGAGGACUAUGAUUGCAGAGGGGAUGACAGUGAGGUAGUAGGUAUAGAAUUAUCUGAGGAUCAGAAAUCAGUACUUAUUUGCAAAGCCAGAAGCAUUGAGGUACUUGAUACCAAGGUUUGGAAGAUGGUAGAGAAGUUUAAGGCCAAGCGUAGUGAGAGAUUUGUGGCUGCUGUUCUAUCAAAGAAUGGCCAAAGUAUUGUAGCAUCAAUGGAGAAUACUUCAUCAAUAUUUGUGUGGAGAAGAGACAGUGGGCAAUGCAUGGCUAGUUUAAUAGAGAUAUCUGGAGCCAUCGUCAAGUUGAUCAAGUCAACACACCAUAACUUGCUUUUGUCUGUAGCCAGCAGUGGGGUUCUCUCAGUUUGGGACAUUGAUAUCAUAACAGCAAUGUCAAACAUUGACAAAACAGGAAAACGAAUCCAAAGUAUACAGCUGUCAGGGAGAGAAGACUUUGUCUACACAAUGGAUGGAUCUGAAGCCAUCCAUAAAUGGAACUUCAGCACAGGUUUUAUUGAGAUGGUGUUUAAACAUGAAGGCCUUGUGGAGAACUGUGUUUUGACUACAUCAGGUGACCUUAUGGUCACAUCUGAUGAUAAAUGUAGCCAGUACAUCUGGCAGACUGGCACAGGUGAAAAUAUUUUCCGGAUCAAUGGCCAAAAAAUAUCCCAACUACUUAUUACCCAUAAUGACCAGUUUGUGGUUUCUCUCUGUGAACAAAAUGCUUCACGUGUAUGGAGGCUUGCUACUGGACAGAAAGUGUGCAACAUCCUGGUAACGCUCCAGCAUGCACUCAUCACCACAGCCAACACUUUCCUGGUUGGUACAACUAAAAACAAGCUGUUGGCUGUCAGCUUGUGGUCUGGCAGUGUUUCCAAGAAGUUUGUCUGUGAUGAUGGAAUCACAAUCACAAAUUUUAAACUCAUUCCAGAUAGUCCAGACUAUGUUGUCUUCAUCACAUCCACAGAGACUGUUUUCAUAUGGAGUGUAGCAGAUGAGUCUGUCUGCAGAAGGGUGCAACUGCCAAGCAACUUCUUGAAGAACCUGGAAGACUUUCAAGUCUCACCAAAUGGAAAAUUGGGAAUUGUAUCAAAAGGUGAUGACAACAUUAAUGUUCUAGAUUUACACAGUGGUAAACUCCGCUUAGUCCAUGCUGCAGGCUUAAUAUGGAGGCAAAAGCUAUCAAGAGAUGGAAGGUACCUGGUCUACAUUUGUUUCCGAAAUUGUGAUGAAGAUGAUGAUGCAGGUGUAGUUUCCAGUUUAAUUGUCAUGAGACUUGCUGAUGGAAAGAGUAUUGGUACCUGUUCUCUCUAUAAGACACCAACCUACUUGUGCCUAUCACAACGAGCACUGAACAUCAUUAUUGGCUUUGAGGACGGUAGCAUUGGGUCCUACACAGUAGUGGACCGUGUGGAUGCGGCCCUCAAAAUCAAGAUUGCCACCUCCAACAGCCGGCAGAUUGUUAACAAUGCCUCACAGAAAAUACGACCCAAGUGCAGCACCAAUGCCUUCAAGACUAUUGCUGAUUGCAUGUGGAGGGAAUCAACUGAAGUUUUCUCACGAGAUAGCCCCAUCAAUGUCUCUGACAGUGGGGAGCCUGAAACAACAACACCAACUAAAAAGACUGAAGUAGUACAAUGAGAAUUCUUCAGGAGGUUAGUGUUAUAGAAGAAUGGGACCAGAUUUGGAUGCAUUUGAUUCUUGUUUACAGCAACCUUGUGAUUCAGUUGCACAAAUCAGUCCUCUGGGUACUACACAGUUGAUACUGGCCAAUUACUAUCACGCUGCAGUUGUAUUUAGUCAGGUCACCUUCCUUCUGUUGUCUUUCAUUUGGUGACCUGUCAUACUAUAGGUUAUAUCUCUCUCUAUAUAUAUACACAUUGUUUUAUUCAAAUCAAGCCAUAACAUUAUUUUAUACAGAAACAUAGAAACGUUAUAUAUUUGUAGCCAUAACACAUAUUUGCUUUUUUU